AGCUCGGAGCUGCUCGGAGCCCUCGGAGCCCUCGGAGGUUAGUACUCGAAAACAGCUGAUUUUCGAUCAUAACAAGAUAAACGAAUAAACGACAACGGUUUUAUAAUCGAAGUAUAAAAAAAUUCGUGAUAGAAAAAUGUUUACUCUCGGUCUCAGCACAGAGUAAAUGAUUUUAAAAGGUUUGUUUUACAACGAAUUCCGAUCGAUCAAGUAUGUUUAGCGUUACGCUAUGUCUAGGUCAUGGAUAAGAUGUCUCCUGAGUGUUUUGUUGUUCUCAGUCAUAUUCUACAUUUACUUGUUAAUAAAUGUACCCUCAGGAGAAUCAAAAAGUCCUGAAAAACCUCGGACACCAGAUUUUAAUGAGCCACAAAAUGCAUUAAACAUUUUAUCACCCUUUGGAGGGAAAUCUCAUGUUGCGGCUGACAAAAUUAAUCAAAAUGCAAAAAAAUGUGUCACCGUUCACAUUGCUAUGGUUUGUGCUGGAUACAAUUCGACCAUGGCCUUGGUCACGGUUGCAAAAUCAUUACUCUUCUACCGCUCGACCCCGCUUCAUUUUCAUUUGUUGGUCGAUGAGAUAGCCAAAAGAACUCUCAGCACGUUGUUCCAAACAUGGAAAUUGUCCCAAGUGAACGUGUCAUUUUACGCUGCUGAAAAGUGGAUCCCGAGAGUGUCAUGGAUCCCAAAUACGCAUUAUUCCGGUGUAUAUGGGUUAUUGAAAUUGACACUUCCGGAAGCUUUGUCGUCAGUUGAAAGAGUAUUGGUACUUGACACGGAUGUAACAUUUCUCGAGGACGUGAGAAAGUUGUGGGAAUAUUUCGAGGAAUUUGAGGAGGUAAAUCUGGUAGGAUUGGUGGAGAAUCAGAGCGAUUGGUACGUCAGAACGUUGUCUUAUGGUUCGCGACCUUGGCCGGCCCAAGGUCGCGGUUUCAACACCGGUAUAAUGCUCAUGGAUUUGAGCCGUUUGCGGUUACGAAAAUUUGCUGAAAUGUGGCAACAGACGACGAAACAAGUUUUGGAAGAUAUUCCGGAAACAAGGCUCGCCGAUCAGGACAUUAUCAAUGCGAUCAUUAAGAGAUAUCCUUCAAUUGUUUACAUCCUCGAAUGUACGUGGAACAUUCAGUUGAGCGAUCAUACCCUCAGCGAAUCUUGUUACGGCGAUGGACAGAAAAUCAAUAUAAUCCACUGGAAUUCGCCGCGUAAACAGGAUGUACGCAACAAGUAUGUGGAAGAUUUUCGAAAAGUGUAUCAAACUUUUGUGGAAUCUGAUGGCAAUCUCUUGCGCCGACGAUUAUUCGGUUGCGACAGAACGGAGAUUAGCUACAGCAUCGAUAGUGCGGAUGUAUGUUCAAAGUUCGUUCAGGGCUCGAGUAUCAUUUAUCGAACCCACUUGUUCCUACUCGAAUACGAGUACAACGUUGACGCUGGGGAGAAGGAUGUGGCACUGGUGACGCAAUGCAGCGUGGACCGAAUAAUGCUUUUGGAAGAAUUGUGCAAACAUUGGCCGGGUACAAUAAGCGUUGCGUUGUAUUUGAGCGACGCUGAAGUUGAAAAUUUUCUCGGAUUCGUUCGCAAUUCGGAAGAUUUAAAAAAUCGUAAAAAUAUUGCGUAUCAUGUAGUUUACAAGGAAGGAGAGUUUUAUCCUGUGAAUUAUUUGAGGAAUACCGCAAUGUCUUAUGUCUCGACCUCUUUUAUUUUUCAACUGGACAUAGAUUUUCUUCCGCAAUAUGGGCUCUACGAAAAUUUAAUGCUCCACAUAUCCAAUAUGAAGUUGAGUGUUUUGGACAAGACCGCUCUAAUCGUACCGGCUUUCGAGACCCAACGAUACAGAUUCACGUUUCCAACGAAUAAGCAAGAGCUCAUCAAAUAUUUGAACCACGGGAUUCUUUUUACUUUUCGUUACCACGUUUGGACGAAAGGUCACGCGGCAACAAAUUAUACACACUGGAAAAGCGCCAGCCAGCCUUACGAGGUUGAAUGGGAACCCGAUUUCGAGCCUUAUCUCGUCAUUUCCAGAUCUGCUCCCCGCUACGAUCAAAGAUUCAUUGGAUUCGGCUGGAACAAAGUUUCCUACGUUACUCAUCUGACAGCUCUGGGUUACAAGUACAUCGUUUUACCGGAUACAUUCAUUAUUCACCGGCCUCAUGCUCCGAGUCUCGAUAUCGGAAAAUUUCGAAAUAAUCCACUUUACCGCAGGUGCCUCAAAAAAUUGAAAGAUACAUUCGUUCAAGAGCUCGUGGCCGAGUACGGGAAGGAAAAUGCAUCCAAAUUGAAAAUAAUUGCCAAAGACGAGAAAGUGCCAAAAACGCUACGACUGAAGUAGAGUUUCCGUAUUAUUAAACAAAAAUUAUAUCUAAUAUUGUUCAAAAGUUUGAAAAAAACGUUCACUAAAUCCACCGAAUUUUCAAACACAGUUUUGAACGGUGUAGUAUUAUAUGAAUCUAGAUAGAUCCAAAUGUAGAUUUUCAUUAAGUAAUAAGUUUGUAAGUACACCAAUGAAAGAAGAGUGUAAUGUACAAAUUCUUCGCAAGACUGUUGAUAAUAUUUUUCUAUUGGAAAAAUGAAUAGAUUCGAAUCAUUGAUUUUAAGAGCGUGAAAUAUUUCCAAAUCAUUCCCAUAUUUUAUAUCGUUUUUAUUCCUUGAACUUUAACAAUUUCACAUCUUCUCACAAUAUGGAAUUUUGUGGAAUUUUCAUGAAAACCAUUUUUAUCGGAUGCUUCAUGUUUCGUUUUGGCAAUAAAUUGUUGAUAAUAAAUUUUCAUCGAUAUUGA